AUGGUCAAAGCGGACAACACCCCGGCACUUCCCGCCUGGCAACGAAAGGCCAAGGCAGCUUCGUCAGGCUAUCAGGACUGGUCCCAGUUCAAUCGAUCGCAUCAAAGCAGAGUUGAUCCGAAGGCGAUCAAGAUGGUCAAGAGUCCCUCAGGCUCGGGCAGCGACGUAUCGUCCACUUCUACUACAGUCGAACCGAUCAGCAUUGCCGGCUCGAACGAGCAGCUCGGACAAAGGCAAGAUCGCGUACUGGCCGGCCAGAGUGACUCAACAGCUUCUACCAGCUCGAGCACAGGCACGAGCUUGAUCUACGAAGCGCCUGUGCAUGCGCAAGUACCCAUGCAACAUACACCAUCGCGUCUCUCGUUGUCUCGAUCUUCAGACACUGCGCCGUCUCCGCCCUCGAGCUUAUCGGCCAAUCUGUCGCGUGACUCUGAAUUGCAAGCGAGGCGCACGCCGAGACGAUCCAUGUCAGCUUGGUCGCGCUUUCUCACUCCGCCAUCAGCGAGCGUAUCGCCUGCAUCACCCACCUCGCUAGAUACUGCGGGUGAGAUUGCCGCAAUAAGGAAGGCGCGGAGACGAUCCUCUGGCCAACUGCUUGGCAACUCCCCGUCAUUAUCGCCCUCGCCAUUUGCAUCGCUCAUAGGGUCAUAUGAGAAUUCGCUUCUCUCAGGCCGCAUGUCAACAUUGCCGUCCAAGCCAUUGCCAUUCCUAGCCGAGAUUGGCGUCAUCGGGCAUGGUAGCAAAGUACCAAAGAGUCUAAGAUGCCCGCCCCAUCUCAACUUGGAGUUCGGCGCGUCAUACUACGACACCGGCAGCGGAGUAGGCACGCCUUACGUCGGUACCGUUGAUCUCGAGCACCACUAUACCCAGCAGCUAGCCGAGUCUGCGAACAAUGCUGUGUUUCUAGAUGACGAAGAGACAUCAGGCGAGGUAGACCGGCAACGUUUUCCGGGCUAUAGGAUACCUACGCAAGGACAGAUACAGAUCAUCAUCAAGAACGCGAACAACACCGCCGUCAAAGUGUUCCUCGUACCUUAUGAUCUCUCAGACAUGCCGGCUGGCAGCAAGACGUUCAUACGUCAGAAGAGCUAUACAGUCGCUAAUGAGCAGCCACAAGAUAGUCCACGGACUUCAGACCCAUUGCGAUAUGCUGUGCAUCUGCAAUUCGCUUCACCGCCUCUUGAGCGCAGCCGACAGCGAUCAGAGUCUAUCGAGGACCUCGAAGGCGAUGUGCAGCCACCAGUACGAAAGGCAGCGAGAAUAUAUCUUCACAAGCACAUUCGUAUCGUGUUUGCCUCUCGCGCACUGGACGACUCGAUAGAGAAGUUGCGGACAGUCUACGAUGGGCCAGCGAGCGCAACCAUCAAUAAAACUGAUGGUUCUUCGCCGAGUCUCAAGUAUUCCACCUAUAGCGGGCCUUGCGAUGAAUGGCAAACCUUGAGACGCGCGGUACGCGAGCGCCGUCCAAGUAUAGCAGAGCUCUCCGUGCGAGACUCACCACUCAUUAGCAACCCCUACGUUGCCGAUGACGCCACGAGUGAUCCAAACGGUGUCCGUGCUGCAGAGGCUCUGGUGCCACCGCCUAGCUUUACCGAUCUGCUCAAUACACCGCCCUCGCCGCAGACAGCAACAUCGACUAUGCUCGAUCUGAGUCCUAACCGAGCCUCGCGCAAAUCGCCGCUGUCCUUCUCGUAUUCUCCUUCUGCUGCAGCGUCUCCGCGUACCGAGGCAGGCCUCACUUUCGAACGCCGACCGACUUCGCCAACACCUCUAUCACCUCGGGGUAUCGCAGCCGAGUCUGCGCUCACGAUCAGCCGGCCGGGCUCACGCUCAGGCCCGAACGCAUUGCGGUAG